AUGAAUAGUUAUACAUAUUUAUCUCAAAAUAAUGUUAAAAAAAAUAAAAAUGAUGUUAUCAAUUUUAUAUUAACAAUAAUAAAAGCAUUAGAUAUUGGUGAUUAUCAUUCAAAAAUUGCUGUAUCCCGUUUCACUCCAACACUUUUUAAUGAUAUACAUCUAAAUUCUGUACAAACAUCUCAAAAUAUUAUAAAUUUUUUUGAAACAUUAAAAAUAUUAGAAGAUGAUAAUAGUAAUGAGACAUCAUUAUUAUUAUUUCCACCUUUAUUACCAUCAGUUAAUGAAAUUGUAAAAGAAACUUUUUCAACAUCAGUAAAUUUAUAUCGUCAAUCACCUGCCUAUAAUGUAAUAUUAUUAAUUUUUUAUGUAACAGAUCAAUUAGUUGAAUCAAAAAUAAAUGAAAAUUUAUUUCAUCCUAAUGGACCAAUUUUUGUCUUUCAAAUAACUAUUGGUAAAAUGAAUAAUCAAAUUAAGGUAUCACAAUAUACAUUUUCAUCAUUAACUAUACAUUAUCGUGCCAAUGAAACAAAAAAUUUGGUUGAAUUAGAAAAUUAUUUAUUAAAUGGUAUUAAUAAUUUUACACAAAUAUCUCAUUUCUAUGAUCUAAGGUGGUGGUCUUAUCUUCAUUGGAAUAUUAAACAAUGUCAGAGAUUUAAUUUAAAAGAAACUAUUGCAUUCAAUGAAAUUUGUGAUAAUUAUUAUUCAACAACUUUACAAUUGGGAUUAUCAACAAAAGCUACAAUAACAAUUCUAGGCUGUGUUGGUGGAUUAUUGUUGAUACUCUUAUCAAUUAUUAUUAUAAAUAAUAGUAAUGUAAAGCAAAUUCAAAAGGAAUAUCAUAGAAAAAUGUCUAAGGUAUACAAUGUGGUACCACCAAGCAAAAGUGAUUUAAAUAAUACUAUAUCAUAUAUAAAUGAAAAUUUUAAUAAUAAGUUAAAUGAACAUAAUAAUAUAAAUAGUAAUAUUGUUGAUGAAAACAAACUUUUAAAAAAUGAAUCAAGUAAUAGUAUUAUAUUAAAAGAUGAAACAAAAUACAUUGAUAAAAAAGAUAAGAUAGAAAAAGAAUUUGAUUUUAACAAAACAUUUGAUAUUUUAUUCCUUGUUGACGAUAGUAAUAGUAUAUCAAAUAUUAUUUUUGAUGAGUAUAAAUUAUUUAUUAAUAAAUUUCUUGACUUUCUUGAAAAUUCAACAUCUCAAAUUCCACAAUCAUCAAGAAUUGGUGUUAUUACAUUUAAUCGUAAACCUCAUCUUAAUAUACCAUUUGAAAGAUAUAACUCAUUUAAAAAAUUAAAAAUUGGCAUUAAUAAAUUAAAUAGAAAUGGUGGAGUUACAAAUCUUGGGAAAGCACUAAAUUUUGCUAAUGGUUAUUUGUUAGGACAAAAAUCUAUAGAAAUAUUAGAUAAUAGUCAUAGUGAUGAUAAAAAUAUAUUACAUGAAAGAUUACAAUUUUUAAUAUUACUUAGUGAUGGUCAUACAAAGGAUACAAUAGAUUGGGAAUAUCAGUCAUUGUUAAGAGAGUAUUCAAUUUUCAUGGUUGCAAUUAUUUCGAAAUCAUACUUAGAUGAUAUGUUUAUUGGACUUGUUAAAGUUGGUGGAAAAUUAAUGUCACUUAAAGAUAGUGACGAUUUGACAAAAUAUAUUUAUAAAAAAUUUACACUUUUUAAUGAAAAAUAA